AAAAAAGCCCAGGCCCAGAAUCUCAACCCAAAUGAAUGGCCUCCACCAUCAUCAUCCCCUUCCUCCCUCCAAACCAUAACCCUAAACCCCAUCUCAAAUUCUCAACCUCAACCUCUGCAUCUCCCAACCCAACCCACUCCAUCCCCCCUCGCAAUCUCACCCAUCUCCUCCGCCUCUCAACCCAAACCCAAAACCUCAACUUGGGCAAAUCCAUUCACUCCAUCAUCCUCAAAUCCCAGCACUACAAUGACCACACCCGCCUCCUCAACUCCCUCAUCUCGGUGUACCUCAAAUUCAAUCGCCUCAUCGACGCCCGCAACGCGUUCGACGAAAUGCCGUCCCCAGAUAUCGCAAGCUUCGCUUCCCUCAUAUCCGCGUACAGCAAAAUUGGCCGAGAAAUUGAUGCGGUUUUGCUUUUCGAUCAAAUGCGGCAACUGGGUAUUUUCCCGAAUGGGUUUUGCUUCGUCGCUCUGCUCACCGCCUGUAUUCGGAACUCGAAUUGUGAGUUGGGUACUCAGAUUCAUGCUCUUGCGGUGAAGGCCGGGAGUUGCGAUUGUGUUUAUGUUGCCAAUGCGGUUAUGGGAAUGUAUGUGAGCUGUGGGUUUUUUGAGGAUGCGCUUGAUGUGUUUGAUAAAAUGAAUGAACGAGAUGUGUCAUCGUGGAAUACGGUCAUUUCUGCCAUGGUCAAGGAUUGUAGAUAUAGAGAAGCUUUUGAGUUGUUUAGGGAGAUGAAAAUGGAAGGGGAGUUUGGGGAUAGGUUCUCGAUAUCGACACUUCUGUCUGCGAUGAGCCAAGGGUUCUCGUUGGAAGAAGGAGAAGCGGUUCAUGCUUAUGCACUUAAGUUAGGGCUGGAUUUUGAUUUGAGCGUUGGCAAUGCGCUCAUUAGGUUAUACACUCAGCUCAGCGAUAUAGAGAAGGUUAUUGGUGUGUUUGAUAGAAUGCCGGAGAAAGAUGUGAUCUCUUGGACCGGUAUGCUUAAUGGAUUUAUGGAGUUUGGUUUCAUUGAAUCGGCAGUUGAUAUUUUUGAGAAAAUGCCUAAGAGGAACAUUGUAUCUUAUAACGCUCUUCUAGCUGGAUUCUGCAAAAAUGGUGAAGGUUUGAGAGGUUUGCGGUUAUUUCAGCAGAUUUUGAAGGAUGGACCGAAGAUAUCAGAUUUCACAGUUACGAGCGUGGUCAACACUUGUGCUAUGGUUGGAGAAAGGAAGAAGAGUGAGCAGAUUCAUGGGUUCGUGAUUAAAAUGGGUUUCACAUCAAAUGCUUGGGUUGAAGCAGCUUUAUUGGAUAUGUGCGCCAAAUGUGAUAGAGUAGAAGAUGCAGAGAAAAUCUAUGACCGGAAAAUCCAGAAAGGGAGUUUUCCGAUCACAUGGACUUCUCUGAUUAGUGCACGUGCUCGGAAUGGACAGCCUGAAGAGGCUCUGUCCCUUUUCCAAUCAGGACUGAAGAGGGAUGAUCUUAUGGACGUCAUCGACGAGGUCACAUUGGCCACUGUCCUAGGAGUUUGUGGCUCUCUAGGGUUUGCUGUGAUGGGAGAGCAAAUCCAUGGCUUUGCUUAUAAAUCCAAUGUUGUUGGUGAUAUUGGAGUAGGCAAUGCCAUUGUGAGCAUGUACUCCAAAUGUGGCAACUUGGAGAAUGCACUUAAUUUCUUCAAUCAAAUGCAUCGACAUGAUUUGGUUUCAUGGAAUGGAUUAAUCAAUUCCUAUCUUAAUUAUCGAAAGGGAGAUGAAGCUCUUAAUGCAUGGUCGAAAAUGGAGUUAUUGGGUCAGAAACCCGAUCACAUCACUUUUCUUCUGAUCAUAUCAGCUUGCAAGUUCACAACAUCAAACUCGGUAUCUACCUGUCAAAAUUUGUUCCUCUCAAUGUUGAGCUCUUAUAACAUCAAACCAUCUUUAGAGCAUUAUUCUGCUAUGGUCGACGUCUUAAGCUGUUGGGGUCAUUUUGAUGAGGCUAAGAAUCUUAUAAUAUCAAUGCCCUUCAAGCCCGAUGCAUCAAUUUGGAGAGCAUUGCUCGAGAAUUGCAAGAAACACUCAAAUAUUAGUCUUGGGAGGCAAGCAAUUCAAAAGCUUCUCACGCUAGAACCGAAAGAUCCAUCCUCAUAUACCCUGAUAUCAAAUCUUUACUCAGCCUCUGGUCGAUGGCAUUGCUCCAAUAAACUAAGACAGGAAAUGAGACUGAACGGUUUAAAGAAGAUCCCAGCAAAAAGCUGGAUAAUUCAUCAAAACACAGUGCAUUCAUUCUAUGGGAGAGAUAAAUCACACUCUCAGUCCAAAGACAUUUACAGUGGACUCGAGGUUUUGAUAUUAGAAUGUAUGAAGGCUGGGUAUGAACCAGAUACUAGUUUUGUACUACAAGAAGCGGAGGAGUAUCAGAAGAGGCAUUUCCUGUUCUAUCACAGUGCGAAGCUCGCAGUCGCCUAUGGAGUUCUUGUGGCGAGGCCAGGGGAAGUAGUUAGGGUCAUGAAGAAUGUUAGAUUGUGUGGAGAUUGCCAUGAAUUUUUUAAGGUUGUUUCUUCCGUGACAGGGAGGAGAAUUUUGGUUAGAGAUGGGUCUGGGUUUCACAGGUUUGAAGGAGGAGAGUGUAUUUGUGGAGAUUGUUGGUGAUGAGUUUCUUUUUGUGUUUUGAGAGAGUUUUUACAGGAAUGUUUUGUUCAUGGAUAACCGUAUAAGUGUAUAUUUAAGUGUAUUGCUUCUUAUAGAGAAAUGUGUCAUCUGAUUGAGGUGCUAACAAUGUAA